AUGGCCUGCCACAAAAGACGAACGGAGGCGCUAAGUGUGAAGAAAGUCUUUCUUUCGCGUUGCAUCGUUCCUUCUAUUUCAGACAUGAGCCAUUUCUUUUAUGCUUAUUCUAAACUUGGCAUGGGAGGAAGCUGGAGGGUAGUCACUCGGCACGCAUGCGCAUUUCUUUUUCUCUGUUUUUCGACUGCCAUCGGAAGUUGUCAGAUCAAGCAAAUUAACUGCAUUCAUGCUGCACCGUCGUCUGUUCAUCAAGCACGUAUCGACCGGAAGUGCUGGCAACAAAAACGAGAAAGGCAUAUUGUAGCUCGGGCUAGGGCAAAAGUGCUGGGAAUUCAGCUCCGUUCGUUUUCUCUUCACGUUUCCAAUCCUUCUUCCUUCCGUUUUUUUUCUCUCUCUUUGCUUUUGAAUCUUGUUCAACAAAUGACGAACUUAAUGAAUGUAAGUUCGAGCGACCCUCUUCAAUAUUACAUUGAACGGUGCGAAAAGGGAAGGCCAAACCGUGAAGGAAUAAGCCCAAAACGCGAAGAGCUAAGCCUAAACCGCGAAGAGAGAAGCCGAAACCUCGAAGAGCUAAGCCUAAACUGCGAAGAGAGAAGCCGAAACUGCAAAGAACUAAGCCUAAACCGCGAAGAGAAAAGCCCAACCCGCAAAGAGCUAAGCCUAAACCGCGAAGAGAGAAGCCGAAACCGCAAAGAGCUAAGCCUUAACCGCGAAGAGGGAAAGUCGAAACCGCAAAGAGCUAAGCCUAAACCGCGAAGAGAGAAUCCGAAACCGCAAAGAGCUAAGCCUAAACCGCGAAGAGAGAAGCCCAAACAGCGAAGAGCUAACCCUAAACCACGAAGAGAGAAGCCCAAACCGCAAAGAGCUAAGCCUAAACCGCGAAGAGAGAAGCCCAAACCGCAAAGAGCUAAGCCUAAACCGCGAAGAGAGAAGCCCAAACCGCAAAGAGCUAAGCCUAAACCGCGAAGAGAGAAGCCCAAACAACAAAGAGCGAAGCCCAAACCACCAUGA